AUGGCUGAUCAUUUAGAUUCCUUACUUGUGUCUUUCAUUGCUAAUGAUACUGUUAAUAAUGAGAAAGCAACAGAAAUUGCAACUAGAUUGGUUAAAUUAAUAGUAGAAGAAAAAAGCAUUAAAUUAUUGGACAUUAUUAUAGGUUUAAAACAACAGAUUACUUCCAAUGAUUAUACAUUAAGAAAGAAAGCUUUAAAUUGUCUUUCUUCAGUUUUACACAAUUUAUCAAGGGAUUAUUUAUCCAAAAAUGAAAUUACUGUGAUAUUCAACUUUUAUAUGUCAAAAUUAGAUGAUGAAAAUUUGAUCUCUGAGACUUUCUCUGGGUUUCUAUCCUUGCUUAGUUACAGUAAUACUUCGGGUCAAGAUAUAGUUUCCUUUCUAAACUUUUUGAAAAACGAUUAUGUUGGCACUAAUUAUUUAGCUGCAAUAAGGUUUGUUCCAUUUAGGAUAUUGGAAUUUGUCUAUAUAAACAAAUUAAAAGACAAUAAAAUUAUUAAUGCAAAGAUUACGACUUUAUAUAUCGAAACUUAUAUUAAUGUUGCAUCAGGGGAAAAGGAUCCAAGAAAUUUAAUGAGUUCUUUCAAAUUAAACUACCAAAUCACGACCACUUUAGAUGAAACUCUGGUGUUUCCGUUAAGACAACAAUUAUUUGAUAUCCUUUUUUCAUAUUUCCCAAUUACUUUUAAACCACCUAAGAACGACCCAUACAAAAUAUCCAAUAGUGAUUUGAAACUAGCUUUAAGAAAAUCUAUCUCCGCAACAGAUAUGUUUGCAGAAGAUGCGUUCUACAAUCUGAUAGACAAGCUGGGUGCUUCUUCACCAAGUGUAAAGAAUGAUACUUUAUUAACUAUUAAUCAAUGUAUUAAGAAUUUUAAAGGUGAAUCUGUUCAAAAGAUUUCUUUGGAACUUUGGAAAGCUUUAAAGUUUGAAAUUACGCAUACUUUAGAUGAUACAGAUAUAAUUGGGAAUGGAAAUGGAAAUGGAAGUGGUAACAAAAAGAUUGAUUGGACUUUGACAGGAACGGUGACGACUGAUGAAGAACAUUAUAAACAGAAUAAUUAUCAAACUGCACUGAAUGUUAUUAGAUUAAUGUCCUUAAAAUUAGUGGAAUUUGAUAUGUCAAAAUUUAUCAACUUUAUUUCUCAUGUAUUCACGGAAUUGACAUCAAAUUAUGUACAUUCUAAGGAUUUGAAACAAAGUUGUGGUAUUCUUUCUAGUAUUGGAAGUGCCAAUGAAGCAGCCUUUAAUAUUGUUAUAGAGAGAGCUCUGCCAUUAAUUUUAAUUAAGAGUACUGAAAUAUCUAAGUUGAAGCUAUUAUUAAUGAAUUUAUCAUUUUUUUUAGAUUCCUAUAUGAAUGUGUUUGGACAAACUGAGAUUGACAAAGAAGAAGUCAAUAAUGUGUCAUCUAAUAAAUUGUUUGAUUAUAAAGAUGAAAUAUUGAUGAUUUUAGGUAUGGCAUUAACUAAUAACUCUAAACUAGAGGUUACUGUAAGAACUUUAGCAGUGAUUCAAUUCACUAAAUUAGUUAAGAUGAAGGGUUACCUAUCUUCGGAAGAGAUCGCAUUAAUUAUCCAAUAUUUCACUGAAACUAUCCUAACUGAUAAUAAUAAAAAUAUUUAUUAUGCAUGUUUGGAAGGUUUAAAAUUAAUUAGUGAAUUCUAUGAAGAAACUGUUUAUGACGUUUCAUUAAAACAAAUGUUGAAUCUAUUGCCAUUAGAAUAUAAUAAUUUGCCAUUAUUUAAUAAUAGUGAAUACGUGGAUAUAUCAACAAUUUUAAAGAUUAUCCUAGACUUCACUACAUCAAGACAUAAAUUGAUUAAGGAAAGUAUUAUUUCCUUAACCUCUCAGCUAUUGAAGGUAGCAAAAGCAAAAGCAGAUCAAUCUGUUGAAUAUUGUUUCCUUCUAUUAUCUUCUAUAUAUUCUUUAUUUGAAAAUAACAUUAUAUUCAUUAAAGAAGAAGAAUCAAUAAAAAUAAAAGAUGCUGUUGAACCAAUCUUAUUUGAUAUCCUGGAUCUUUCUGAUGAUGUUGGAAUUGUGGCAGAUAAUUUCAAUUUCGACAUGUUAUCAAACAUUUUCUAUUUUGUAAAUUUGAAGUCAGAUAGAGAUAAACAUAAUGAGGAAUUGAUAGCUUAUAACACUAAAUUUCAAGGCAAAUAUAAAAUAUUUGGGGGUCAUCCAACACGUUUUGUGUUACCAUAUUGUAAAAUUCUAUCGGCACUGGAUAAAUCAAUUAAUUUUAAUGAUGCUAAUGCAAUGUUUGAACAAACUAUUGUUUUUCUAAAAAAUCGUAAAUUUAAGGAUGGUUUAUCAAAAUUAGGUUACCUGGAAUUAUUAAUGGUCCUAACAAAUAAAUGGUUGAUUGAUGAUGAUGUAAAGAAAAGUAUUAACUGGAAUGAUAAGUCUGUUAUUAAUCUGGAAAUCAUUACAUGGAUUGGGAAGGGCCUAGUAAUGAAAAAUUCUGAAUUGGCACCAAACAUAUUAAAUAAUUUUAUUGAAUUAUUAGGUGAUAGCCAAGUCGGUAACACUGUUUCUCAUUUAUUUGAGAUUUUUGUUAUUGAUAUUAAUUCUAUGAGAAAGGUUAAAGGUAUUUCAUGGAAUAAUAAUGUUCGUUUAUUAUACAAGCAAAAGUUUUUCAGCGAUAUUUUCAAAGUACUGGUUACAUUGUAUAAAGAGACUGAAAUAAUGUUUAUCAAAUGUAAUUAUUUAACAGCAUUAUCUUUUACAUUAAAACACACACCUUCUACAUUAGUCGAACCGUUUAUGAAUGAUUUAUUACCUAUGUUGUUAGAAGCUUUAGAAAUGGAUAAUGGGGAAGUUAAAAUUUCAUCAUUAGAGACAUUAAAAGAUGUUACAGAGAAGUUUCACCAAUUGAUCACAGAUCAUAUUGAUACUCUGGUACCAUUAUUGUUAAAAUUAGUAAUUCCAGGUGAUAAAAGUAAUACAGUUUUAGUUAGAUUAUUUGCAUUACAAUUGUUAAAUUCUAUUACAAAAGUAGUUCCCUUAAAUUAUUGUUUGAAUUUUAAAGAACAGGUGUUAGUUGGUACUGUAAUACCUUUAUCUGAUAAGAAGAGAGUGGUUCGUAAACAGUGCGUCGAUACAAGACAAGUGUAUUUUGAGUUGGGUCAAGUGCCAUUUGAAUAA